UAGCCGCUUUCCGGAGGGGGUCGGGUUCGUAUUAUAGCAGCGUCGCGAGAUGAGUUCAGGUAGCGGCAAUUCCAGCUAAUGCACGAUUGCAAAGGUGGAAUGAGCUAGGAAAAAGGUAAGCGCCUUGGCAGACUGAAUCGAACGCAGGUCACAAUGCAGCUCCGGAGUUGGGACUAGAGGCGGUAGCCUAAAAUGAAGCCAGCGAGCCUCAUUUGAAUGAAUGAUCAUAGCGCAUGUGAAGCUGACCACAAGGGCUUUAACGAUGAAGGCCCAAGCGACGUGCCAUUCGCAAGUUAGUCGCAUGGUAGGCGGACGAUGCGACAAGGCUAAGCGCCGGGAGCCGCCACGUCAGACUUUCGCACUGGGAUGUUGCAUAAAAGUCUUGAGGGUGCUCAGUACUAUGUUCUGGGAGCCUGAAUUGUCAUUUGAGGAUGCAAAAGCAUUGACAGCAAUCUAAACACGAAGCCAUGAACCCUCCAUCCCGCCCCCUAAGACACAAAGACUACACGAUCGCGUGCAUCUGUCCGAUGGGCGUCGAGCAAGCGCCAGUCGAGGCAAUGCUAGACGAAUUCCACCCGGAUCUCCCCACAAACCGGAACCAAAACAGCUACACGCUUGGGCGCAUGGGGAGGCAUAACGUGGUGAUCGUGAUUCUGCCCGGAAUCGGGCUCAACAGUGCAGCAGCCGUCACGAUGCAGCUGCUGAACGACUUCCCGUCGGUUGAAUUCGGGCUGCUGGUCGGUAUCGCGGGCGGCGUCCCCGAUCUGCAACGUGGCGUGGACAUCCGACUGGGCGAUGUGGUGGUCAGUAAGCCAUCCGGGACUUCGGGCGGGGUCGUCCACUUUGCCUAUGGCCCUGCUCUUGGGAACGGUCGCUUCGAGCGCAUCGGGAAAUCGUACAGGCCCCCCGAGGUGCUGCUCGCUGCUGUGACGAGGAUGGAGGCACUUCAUCGUCGUGGGGGGAGUCAGAUUCCAUUGUACCUUGACCAGAUGCUGCAGAAAUAUCCGAAGAUGAGGCGGGGGAAUUAUGUUUACCAGGGCGCCGAGAACGAUCGACUUUUCGAGGCGGAGUUCGACCAUCAUGGUGGAAGGGAUUGUGCGGAUUGCGAUCCGGAGCGGAUCAUAGAGCGCGAGCUGCGUCUGGAAGAUUCACCGGUUGUGCAUUAUGGGGCGAUCGGUUCAUCUGAUGUUGUGGUCAAGGAUGGGCGAAUGAGGGACCGACUGCGAGAAGAUCUCGAAAUCAAGUGUGUGGAGAUGGAGGCCGCUGGUGUCUUGGAGGUUGUUCCCUGCUUGGUCAUCCGUGGCAUCUGUGACUAUGCAGACUCACACAAAAACAAAAGAUGGCAGCCCUAUGCGGCUGCCGUGGCUGCGUCGUACAUGAAGGAGCUGCUGUCUAUGGUUCCGCCAAUCCAGGUACAGGAUGCGAUUCUUGAGCAAGGAAUGCUUCUUGUCGCUGGGCUGACGAAGACUGAAGCAAGUUCAGCCUGUCUGUUUCUGCAUGAUCAACACCGUCGUGGUCAUGGCGACCGGACCAGCUAG